AUGAACUUUGAUGAAAUUAUCGGACUUAUUGGAGGGUUUGGGAAGUUCCAGAAGAUCUUGUAUGUAUGGAUCUGUCUACCUCAGAUCUUUCUGGCGUUCCACAUGCUGGUCUCUGUCUUCACUGAGGCUGUUCCUCCGCAUUUGUGUAGCUCCUCGAAGCCUGCGGCGGGUGCUUCGGCCUCGUCAUAUUUCAACUUCAGCCAUCUGUCCGCCCUUGAUGGCCGGCCUGAGCUAUCCUGCACGGUUCCCUUGAACCACAGCGGUGCUGUAGCUCUCGGCGAUAGACACCCCGCUGGGAGAUGCCAGAGAGGCUGGGAGUACAGCACAGAGACCUUCCAAAGCACCACAGUAACUGAGUGGGACCUGGUUUGUGACAGUGCCAACCUGAACAUCAUGGGCUCCUCCACAUACAUGUUGGGCCUCCUAGUUGGAGCUGUUUUGUUUGGAAGCUUGGCUGAUAAGUACGGUCGCAGGAUCAUCAUUCUUUUUAACUUGGCUAUCCAGGCUGUCUUUGGGGUCGGUGCUGCUUUCGCCCCUAAUUUCUACGUCUACAUCGCCCUUCGCUUUAUGGUUGGAACAUCUGUCUCUGGUGUCAUCAUGAAUGCCUUUGUCCUAGGGAUAGAGUGGACAGGAUCUAAGCAGCGGAUGUUGGCUGGUAUAAUCACUGACUACUCCUUUGGCGUCGGCUACAUUUUGCUGGCCGGUAUUGCGUACCUCAUAAGAGACUGGCGCAAACUUCAGCUAGCAAUCUCAGCACCUGGUUUCCUCUUCGUCUUUUACAUCUGGGUGUUGCCAAAGUCAGCUCGCUGGUUAAUAGCCAACGACGGAAAAGAGGAAGCAUGGGAACUGAUCCGAAAAGCAGCGCAGAUGAAUGGGAAGCCCCUCACCAAAGAUUUGGAGAUGUAUGACAUCCAGCUGUAUGUCUCUUUUGAGCCAGAAGACACUGACAAAAAAACUGAGGUGAAGAAAAAUCACUUCAUAGACCUCGUUCGAACCCCAAAAAUGAGGAAGCAUUCUUUGAUUGUUUUUUAUCUCUGGUUCGCCAACGUGCUCGUGUACUACGGCCUGUCUCUCAACAUUUCUGACUUUGGAAUGAACAUCUAUCUGACCCAGCUGAUCUUUGGCCUGGUAGAGAUGCCUGCACGCACCAUCGUCCUGUUCACCCUCAACCGCUCCCGCAAGUUCUCCCAGCUGGCGUUCCUGGCUGUGGGUGGCACGGCCUGCCUGCUGACCAUCUUCAUCCCCUCUGAGCUGUCCAUCAUUAAAACCGUGCUGGCCAUGAUUGGGAAGUUCGGGAUCACAGCCUCUCUUUCCAUCAUUUACGUCUACUCAGCCGAGGUGUUCCCUACUGUUAUCAGACAGAAUGGGAUCGGUAUGGGCUCCAUGUGUGCUCGCUUUGGAGGAGUCCUGGCUCCCAUGAUGUACCUUCUUAGGAGGAUCAGUCCGCAGGCUCCCAUGGUGCUGUGUGGCCUCUGCCCUCUGCUGGGCUCCGCCCUCACCUUGCUGCUUCCUGAGACAGCCAACAAACCCCUGCCGGACACCAUCGAAGACGUAGAGGGAUCCAACCUCAGUGCAGAGGAUGGCGGUGUGAAGCCAGUCGCCUCGGAGGAAAACCGCCACGAUGAAGUGAUGCCUCACUUCUCAUGAGGCACUCAGUAUUUUUCGGCACUCAGUAUUUUUCGGAACUAUUCCAAAGGCAAACUAUACUUCC